GAAUAACAUCACAACUUCAUAUCGUCAUUCGUUCAGCUGCCUUCUCAUACAACAUAACUAUUCCACUGCCUUACGCCAGUGAUCAUAUCAUACAUAGGUAUUCCUUGCUAUUUGAUUUCGACGUGAAGUAUUUACACGGUCAGUGGAUGUGGCAAAUAUGGCUUACCAUGGAUCAUGGGGACGUGGUCGUAGCAUUUAUGGCCAUAAUAAUGUUCGUUCCAAUGCUAAGAUAUCUAUCACUGGGAGAUCGAGAUCCAAAGCUUCUUCUCUCGGCGACCCAACUACUCCUGAUCGUGGGCGGAGUAGUAGGGAUAACAAAUCCUUUUAUCGUUCAAAACCAGUCGUAACAUCAUCUCUUCGAUGUCUAGUUGGCAAAUUCGAAGCCAUGGACGCUUUAAGUCUUCCUAUUCAAGACUUCACACUCCAGCCCGCACUACUACACUCGGCGCGAAACUCUCCCCGAAAAAGAAGCAGAACAAGAGAUUCUUCCCAGAAAAGAUUAUCCACCAUCUUAAGCCCGACGAGUAAGAAUUUAUCCAGAGAUGAUGAUGUUUUUAUCGAGGAAUACAUGAGAAAUAAUACAUGGGGAGACACGCCUAGCAGUACGAAAUCAACACUCCUCCGAUCUCAGAAGAGACAAUUCCAAUUGAGACGAUUGAGAACUCCACAGCAGCCGGCAAAAUUUAUAAAGACGCCAUCGAAAAGCGAAAAUCGGAAGGUUUCCUCGAGAUCUAAUUCGAAGAAUAUGAGUGGUAAAAAAGUCGAAACUCCAGCCUAUACACUCCCGAAAAAAUCUCCAAAUAAGAAAAUCGGCAACAUGAUUAAAGACCGAAUACGCUUCUUCGACGGAAGUCCAGACGAGAAACUUCCCUCGAGCCCCGCAAAAUCAAGUCCUCCAAAGACCAUCCCAUCUCUAUUUGCUCCAGCUCCCCAUGUCUAUCGUAAUGAUGAAUCCCCCUCAACUUCCCACACCACCGCUAUUGAAACACCAAACUUUAAAUCAGCAAUGAGAGGCUCAACAAACUUCUCUAGAACAUCUGAAGUGGCCAAGGAGAAAAGUGCCAUGAUCUCUUCAACUCAAAAAGCUCAGUAUACACCAGUACUUCAAAGAAAACAACGCAACGUUUUCGGAGAAGCGGUUCAGAAUCCCUUCUUGGCUUCUCAGGGAAGCUCGGAAAAGACGAGAUCUUCGAAUACGGUUUCGCCUCAUACCUCUCCGACGAGACCGCAUGGAUUCAAAAGACUGGAUUCAGAAACUAAAAUAGACACUAAUUCCCGUGGAAGUUCUCUAGCCCGUUACGAAACCAACGCUACCCCCACCCGCGGCCCCUCUCUCCCUAGAAUCUCCCGCCCAAGAGGACGAACGGUCCCCGGCCGUAAAGAUCCCAAAACAGGCAUACAAAAAGAUGUUGAUACACGACGAAGCCAAAUUAGUGAGAAAAUCGAAGCCAUCUAUCAAGCCAAAAACGAAGCCCGGAAAACCGAAGGUCAAGAUACUAAGAUUGUUCUCCAGGGAAACUAUGCAGUGUCUCCCAUGCCUAAAAAAGAGGAGAAAGAUGAUGUGAGACAACCCCAGCGGAUAAAGGAUACGUCGUCUUUUCGAUCGAAAUCGAAAGUCGCUGAUAUGAGAAUGAGGUUUGAUGGUGGUGCAUCUUUUGCGGGAACCGCAUUACCUGGUUCUGCAACAAGAGAUGCAGGACCAAGAAUCGUGUCUCCAGUCAAAGAAGGAGAGGAUUCUUCAAUUAUCCCUAUUCCUCCGCCGGCACCACCACCUCCAAUUUUCUCAUCACCCAUUCGCAGGAAAAGCAUUCCUGGCCCUAAUACUCCUCAACAUCUUCUUUCCCUCCCCACUCAGAAACAAAAACAACUAAGUCCCAAAUCAACUGAAUUCUCUUCCUCGCCGAGGAAAAAUACACUUUCAGAAACAAUUAUGCAGAGAGUAUCUGUUUUACCCUUAGAAUCCUCUGAGAAGAUAGCAAUACAAAGACGUCAGCAGACACCAGCGCCCUUGGAUGAUUCACCCGUAACUCCACGACCCGAGAAGAGUGCACUUCAGACUUGGCCGCGCUCGGGGGUUAGAAGGCCGAAACAAGUAAGAAAUGGGUUGAUAGCGGAGAAAAUGAGGUUGUUUGAGGAUAUCUCGAGGAAAGAGAAGAAUGAUGAGAGUAUUAUUCCUGGGAAGGAAAAACAGGAUGGGGAAAGUGGACAAGGGAGACCUGUGAUUGGUAAUGGUGGUGGUAGAACGAGAAUGACAACGAAAGCGUUGAUCGAGGGGAGGAUAGAAAAAUUCGAGAUUAGUCCACGGAGAGAUGGGGAUAAAGAUGGAGAAGCAAGGAAGGGAAGAAUUAAUCCGGUUUUCCCAAUGGCUAUUGUGGCGAAUGAUGAAUGGAAGGGGAAGGGAAAGGACAAGGGAAAAGAAAAAGAGGGGCCAAUAAAAGAUAAACAUGAGAAUGCUGGUAUCAAAACUGUUGAAUUAUCUUCACCAUCUCCGGCAACAAAAUCAAGAGAGAGACCAAGGAGUAGAGGGCCAAGAGUAGGAAGUAGAGGCCGUGUGGUCGGCCAAUGGAAUGAUUUUCUCCCGCCGGGUGAUGAGGAUAUGGAUGGAGAUGCAUUAGCGCAUUUGCCUCUUAAAAGAGGGCUGAGAGAUGCGAGAAUGCAUAUGGGUAGAGACGGGAGUCAUAGUAUUGAUUGGGAUGAGGUGGAGCGGGAGCUUGGGGAGAAGGGAGGGUGGAGAGAAGAGGAUCUUGGGUUGGUGGGAUGGGGGGAGAUGGAAAAAAACAUUGAGGGGUUGAGAGGAGGAAAGGGGAUUAGUGUUAGUAUUAAGGUGAGGGGGAAGGAAUCUGGUGGGAAGGUUGGAAGAAGAGAGGAUGGAAGAGAUCAGAGUGAGAGCAGGGGUAUAAUGGUGGUUAAAGAAGCGGAAUGUGGAUUAUCGGAACCGAAACCGUUGAGGGCGGUGGAAAUGAAGAGGAUGGUGGAAAUAUGUAGGGACAGGGAGAGAGUUGGAGAGAGGGAGAGGAGUAGAGGGAGGAAGAUGGAGAGGAGAAAGUGAGGGAGAAGGGGAACAGAUUGAAAGAAUGCUAUUAGGUGUUUGCGAAUGGACGGAGAAAGGGGAAAAAAGGCACAAGUGCUUUGAGGCAUUUUAGUUCAGUGGGAAUGGCUAGUUGAAUGGAUUAUGAGUGUGAGUGCGGGUGUGAAGGGGCAGAAGUUGGGUAGGAUAUUCUUCCUCUGUACUGGUUAAGUAGGAAAUGAAAAUAGAGAUAGAAGGAGAGUAUAGAUGAUGAUGAUGAUGAUGAUCAGUUAAGAUCCAUAGGAAUUAGAAUUAUAAGAAAUAGAAACCAGGCUUA